AUGGUUUCUCGUGAUUUAGGAGUUGAAUCUCAUUCUAAUUCAAGGUUUUCUUUGAAAAAAAUUUUUUCUGGUAAUGACCAAUCAUCUGUUUCAUUAUCUCAAAGCCAAACUCAAAAAACUCUAACCAAAACAACAACUUCCUCUUUUUUAGAGACAAAUAGAACUACAAAAAAGUUGAUUUCACAAAGUUCGAACCCAUUUUGUUCAACUCCAUCGUCACAUCCUACUUCAAACUCAAGUUCAAAUACUUUACAUCUAGCCCCUUCAAAUGGAUUAACUUCGAGUAGAUCUUCCUCUCUAAGGAGUCCUCAUAAAUCAGGUGCUUCAGAACAUACGAAUUCUUUAUCAAGAAGUUCAUCAACUAAACACAGACCAGCAAGUCGAAAUACAAAUCAAAGACAACAAAAUUCAAUCCAUGCAAAUAGUUCCACUACAAAUACUUUAUUAAGAAACUCUCCUGGUCUACCCUCUGCAAGUUUGACUAAUGAACAUAUUGUUUAUAACCCAUAUGGUCUCAACCCAAAUCUAUCUAGACCUGGUACUACAACUGUAUCAGCUAGUAGCUCAUUUAACAAGGAUAUAAGUUUUUAUAUGCAUGAUGGUGAUGCUAAAAUUAGAUUACUACCGUUGCCAAUAUCAGAUCCAAAUGAAUAUAUACCGAGUGAAAUGAAACAAUACAGUGUUCAUCUUACUGAUAAUUUCGUAUUUGACACAGAUAAUAAAACAAUUGGUUCAGGUGGUUCAUCUGAAGUCAGAAAAGUAAAAUCAGCAUAUAAACAAAAACAAAUUUACGCUUUAAAAAAAUUGAACAUGAUUUAUAACGAAACCCCAGAGAAAUUUUACAAAAGAUGUUCGAAAGAAUUUAUAAUUGCAAAAUCUCUAAGUAAUGAUAUUCAUAUUGCAAAUACCUACUAUUUGGUAAAAGUCCCAACUUCAAGUUAUACUACCCGUGGUUGGGGUUUCAUAAUGGAGUUAUGUACGGGUGAUUUAUUCCAAUUGAUAGAGAGAACAGGUUGGAAAAAUGUACCUUUACCAGAGAAAUUUUGUAUAUUUAAACAAAUUGUAGAAGGUAUUAAAUUUUGUCAUGAUAACGGUAUUGCACAUCGUGAUUUAAAGCCUGAAAAUGUUUUAAUCUCUAAGGAUGGAAUCUUCAAAUUAACGGAUUUUGGUAUUUCUGAUUGGUAUCACGAAGACCCUCAUGAUUUCUCGUCACCAGUUAAAAGAUGUGAAGGAAUGAUCGGUUCUCCGCCAUAUGCACCACCUGAAGUAAUGUACUUUGAUGCGAAGAAACACUAUCCUGAACAUCUUCAAUUACCUUACAACCCACUAGGGUUGGAUUGUUAUGCCUUAGGUAUAUUACUUUUCACCUUAGUGAAUAACACUAUUCCUUUCUUUGAAUCAUGUAAUACCGAUACCAGGUUCAGAAGUUAUGAAACUUCCUACAAUAAUUUCAUUAGUUAUCAAAAUAAGUUCUUCAGAUCAAAGGGCAGUUACAAACCUGGACCAGGUGCUGAAUAUUCUUUAGGUAGAAAUUUUAGAAAUGUCGAUGCCUCCCGUGUUGCAUGGAGAUUGGCUGAUCCUCAAUACGAAACGCGUUAUACCUUAGAUGAUUUAUUAGAAGAUCCAUGGUUUAAAUCAAUCGAAACGUGUGUUCAUUCGGAUGAUGAAUAUGUCCACACUCCACCUCAAAUUCAAAAAACAAGUCUUGAACAUACUGGAGGAUUUUAUUUAGGUGAAGUGGAUUCAUCCAAGGAAGAUUUUACUAGUGAUUCGCAUCCAGGCACUAACCCAAUGUCAUCAGCAUUAUCUACUAGCUCUGCAGGUAGUUCUGCAGCUGGUACCGGUGCAACCUCUAAUCCAUUUUUGACAACCAAGAAAUCUAGAUCCAUGGUGGAAAUUGCUAAUUCGCCGCAAUCAAAGGCUGUGACUAAAACGGAAUCAAGAUCAUCUCAUGAAGAUAAAGAACAAGGUUUGUUUACAUUGGACGAAAACGAAGAAGGCAAAGAAAAUGAAGAGAACAAAGAAAAUGAAGAGACCAAAGAGAAGGAAGAGGAAGUUGAAUUAGGUAAUUUAAUUAAUGAUAAAUCUGAGACGCCUAUUCCAAUUGUACCAUCGGUGACAAAUAGAAACAGUGAAUUAUCGUUGCAGUUAUCUCCAUCAAACGGACAAACACAUUAUGUAGUAUCAAAUCAACUGCCGAGGACAAUAUCAUCUUCUUCAUCUAUAAGAAGUUCAGGAAGUAAGAACAAGAAAAAGAGGGUUAUUCAUAAUCAUUUGAGUAUUCCAAAUAGUGUCAGCUCAAUCCCAUCUUCGGCAAGGUCGUUUUCAGACAGGUGA